AUGGCUACGAAAGAAUCAGAAGAGCUAUUUAGAUUAUAAUGUGAUUUGAUUGUAAAAUCAAUGAGAUAUGGUGAAGAUGGUCCAAUAGGAUAUAAAUAAAAAAAUUCGAUGGGAUAUAUUUUUCUCUAAAAGUAUAUUUAUUCCAAUUAUUCUAGGAUUAGUACAUCUUUGACCUAACCGUUAGGUUGCUUAAUUUUUGGACAAGGCAAGGAGUAUCGUUCUAUAAAAUCUAUCCUUAGAUCCUUGAAUCUUUAGAUACAAUCAAAAAUUUCUUAAAAAAAGGUUCAGCUUGGUUAAUUCUUUGAGACUUUGAGAAUUUUAAAUCACCUCUUGGUUUAUCUUCAAUGA